AUGCAAUACUUCCUGCGUCUCCCCACCCCAGAACUCUUUGCGAAGCUGCACGCGCACUUCAGUACUAAUGAAUCCCUGCGCCACGCCAUGCUGGAGUACAAGCCGUUUUCAUUCCACGAACUUCAUCAAGAGUUCACGGUCAAUGCGAAAAUCCCUGUAGCAAAGAAAGUGCUGGUAGACUUCCUCGACAAAAUGUCCGUCAACUACUACUUUGAGACCGACCGGAACAAAGGUCGCAACGAGAAGGCGAAGGCAAAGCGAGAUAAGCUCAAGACCCAAGCCAAGCGGAGAGCUGAGAGAAAUGAACAGUUCGGUACCACCGAUAGUCUGUUGCCGCCAAAGAAAAAACGUAAAAAGGGAGGUGGAAGUGGCUUCGGUACCACCGAUAGUCUGUUGCCGCCAAAGAAAAACGUAAAAAGGGAGGUGGAAGUGGCGUCAGUGCCUCCAGAUAGACCCAGGGUAACCUCUGAGCGAAAUGAACAGUUCGGUACCACCGAAAACGUAAAAAGGGAAGUGGAAGUGGCGUCAGUGCCUCCAGAUAGCCCUAGUAGGGGAACCUCCACAGUCCGAUGUCGUAAAUGCGGAGACUAUUCGGACUCUCCAGAAUAG